GCUGCUCAUUUUGAUUAAAUUGCUUAAAAUCCGAUUACAACAGAGUAAACUUAAAAUUACACACAGCAAAUAAAACCGAAAAUAACCUUUUCGACGUUCAUUUUUGUAUAGCUUAAAGAAUAUCGCUUAAAAUGCCAGCUUUUUUUCGCAGUGAAUUAGUUGUCAUAAUAACAGGAGCCAGUUCUGGCAUUGGGCAACAGGCGGCUAAAAUUUUUGCCCAGAGAGGCGUGAACAAUUUUUGCCUGACUUCUAAGUUUGAUUUGACCGAGACAGAACAGUUGUGCUUGUCUGUGAAUGACAACAUAAAUUUCGUCAUUUUAAAAGGAGAUUUAACUAAACCAGAAACUCGUGAACAAAUAUUCAAAGAAACUAUCCAGAAGUUUAAGCGCAUCGAUAUUCUUGUCAACAAUGCAGGUCGAGGGAUUGUGGGCAAAAUACUAGACAUGACCAUGGACCAGUACCACGAAAUAUUCGAAGUCAACGUCACGGCAACUGUCCAUUUGACGAAACUGUGCCUACCUUACUUAAGAAAAACCAAGGGCAACAUUGUGAUCACGUCAUCUGCCGUGGCCGACAAAAACAUGCCAGACUUGGGCUUCUACUCUAUGUCUAAAGCGACGCUGAAUAUGUUCACCAAAGCUCUCGCUCAAGAAGAAGGUCCAAAUGGUGUGAGGGUCAAUGCAGUCAACCCAGGAGCAACGAACACCCCUUUCAUUGCAAGUGUCGGCAUCACUCCCGAAGUCCUGAUGGAGAGUGUGAAAACCAGCCACUCAAUUGGCCGAAUGGCUGACCCCGAGGAAAUAGCCAAAGUGUUGGUUUUUGUAGCUUCUGAUGAUGCCAGUUACAUGACUGGAAGCUGUGUGCUUUGUGAUGGGGGCAUGAUGUGCCAAAACUUAAUUUAAACUAGACCUCUGUGGUAAAAAAGCAAUCGUUUGUUUCUUCACACAAAAAAUUAUAUUCAUAAUUCAUCAUGGAUAAGGGAAUUAAUGAAAUAAG